AUGAAUCAGUUAUCGCCCGAAAGCAUUCUGGGCAACGUCCAGGCGAGCAUUGCCGCAAAUGGUCACUUCGAAUUCAAUGAAUCACCUAAAGAAAAAAGUAUAUACGGCAAUUCCAUCUACGUGCCGAGCAUACCGGGUGUCAUCCAGAAAUUCGGCGUCUCAACCACUUUAGCCAUCUCGCCCAUCUCAUUCUAUUGUCUAGGCCAGGUUCUUGGGCCCCCAAUCACCGCCUCACUUUCAGAAUUCUUUGGGAGAAAAUGGAUCAUGCGAGUGUCAAUCCCAACGGCACUGCUUUUUACCGCGAUAGGGGGUUCGGCCAAGAACUUCGAAACCCUAGUUAUCUGCCGAUUCCUAUCCAGCCUCGCCAUCUCUCCGGCGGGCACAGUGAGUGUUGGGAUCGUGAAUGAUAUGUGGGACGUUGCCUUGUCCAAAACGGGCACCUUGCUGGCCUUGGUAAUUGCGCUGAUGAACCUCCUUCCGGCUGCAAUUGGACCAUCUACGGGCGCUGCUCUCGUUGCGACAACAGACGAUUGGCGAUGGACCUUCUGGCUCAAUGCGAUUCUUCUUGCUUUUAUCGUCUUAUUGACUUUCCCAGUCCCAGAGACAUACUACCCAUUUAUUGCCAAGAAGAACACGACGAGGGACAUAGAGAAGAACGACACGGGUCUGACUACUGCUCCAAUGGGCUACAAGCAUACCUUACGAGUAGCAUUCGCACGUCCAUUGCAUAUGAUGCUCGAACCAAUCGUCAUUCUGACAUCCCUAGCCUGUGCGAUUCUCCAGGCCAUUCUGUUCUGCUGGUAUAUUGCUUACCCUGUCAUCUUUGAGCGGGUCUAUCGAUUCUCCGAGAGAGAGCAGGGGUUGGCUUUUCUCCCAAUUUUAGGUGGAAACAUCCUCGGUGUCUUCACGAUCGGUAUUUGCGAUAAAUUGAAGUAUCAGAAGACCCGUGAAAUCGCCGUGCAGACAGGUGCACGAGUUGAGCCUGAGUUGAGACUGUACCCGGCGUGCGUUGGAAGCAUCACUGCCCCCAUUUCGAUUUUUUGGCUUGCCUGGACUGCGAAAUCCCAAAUUCAUUGGAUUGUUCCCAUGUUGUCCGGAGUUCUGUUUGGACUCAGUCAUGCUACUAUAGCUAUGACAUAUACAAUCUACAAAAAUGAUAUCUAUGGGGCUGACUACGGUGCAUCAGCUUUCGCAGGCGAGGUGAUGCUUCGGUAUCUUUUUUCAGCUGCAACCCCGUUGUUCUGGGUGCAGGCAAUGAACUCUCUGCAUAUCAAUUGGUCAACGAGUCUGCUUGGAUUUAUCAGCCUGUUCCUCGUUCCACUACCAUUGAUAUUUUUUCGGUACGGUCCCUAUCUGCGGUCCAAAAGCAAGUACGUGCCUGCCGAGCCCCGGGAAUGA